AUGGGGAGGAAAAAGGAAAAGGGUGCUCUACCCUCGGUUCCAGAGACGGACGCAGAAAUUUCAACUUCCUCACCCCUCAACUCCACCAACAAACCAGACACGGUCAGAAUCACUAUUUCCGAUUCCAUGGCAGACAGAAGCGGCAGUGGAUCCUAUUCCGUCCCACCCAUCACCAACAUAGCGCAAGACCACCUCUUUUCCAUCCUGCUCCGCCUACCAAUCGACUCAAUCCUUUCGUUCGCCAUGACUUGCAAGCGAUUCAGGUCUAUCACUUGCUCCGAUGCCCUAUGGGAAUCAAUCUGCAGGAGGGAUUGGGGUCAUACCCCCGUUGAUGCCAUCAAAUCUGCUGCUGCUGAUUCAAGCCGCCGCCAUCGUCUUCCCUGGAUGGAGCUCUAUCGCCAGGUCUAUCAACUGGACUCUGUCUCUUGCCUCAGACUCUCCGACCCAGAUGCUGAUAAAGUGUUCCCAAGGCCCAGAGCUUCCCAUUCCCUCAAUUUUGUCUCUGGGUGCCUCGUUUUGUUUGGUGGGGGUUUUGAGGGAGUCUGUUUUCACACAUCUGAACUUGGGUACAAGCUACUUAUGGGUUCUAAGUGCUGUUUAGUUGUUUUUAUAUGCCCUGUUUUAUCAAUUGCUGUUGUGUGUUCUUACCUGAUCAGGAAUUUAGGACUAACAUCAGAUCAGAAAGCAUUUAAGGCUAUACUCAAAAGCAUUAUUUGGAAAACUCUUGCUUGUCCGCUGUGGUCAUUGAUCUGGCGUCAUCUUGAUGACACAUGGGUGGCAUAUAUUGGUGACAACUUCAAGAAGACACUGAAUUGGCAGAAAAUUAAUUCUGGGAUCAAUGACCAUGGUAUCCGCCAAAAUGAUACAUGGAUAGGUCAACUUGUGUUUAGUGAGACAUUUGGCAUUACAUUUUCUUGGAGGCUACUUGAUGUUGGUUCCACUGUACCUCCGUCACGUGGUGCCCAUGCUGGAUGCUGCUUCGAUGGCAGAAGGAUGCUCAUCCAUGGAGGCAUCGGAUUAUCUGGCCUUAGACUUGGAGAUACAUGGGUCUUGGAUAUCUCUGAAAAUUUUUGUCUUGGGGCCUGGCAUGAGGUUGAAACUCAUCCAUCACCUUCAGCUCGCUCAGGACACACCUUGACUUACAUUGGGGGAAAUCAAACAAUUUUGUUUGGAGGGAGAGGAUUGGGAUAUGAGGUGCUUAAUGAUGUCUGGCUCUUUGAUUCCUCCGAGGGUCACUUCAGAUGGCUUCAAUUACUAUUUGAAUUACAGAACAUACCUGAAGGUUUACCCCUCCCACGCGUUGGCCACUCAGCUACGCUUAUAUUGGGAGGUAGACUGCUGAUUUAUGGAGGGGAAGAUUCGGACAGGCAUAGGAAAGAUGAUUUCUGGGUGUCUUUCCAUCGAGCUUGCGCUGAUAAUUCUGGGCGAUAUUUGUACGUGUUUGGUGGAAUGAUUGAUGGGGUGAUCCAGCCUGCAGAGCCUGCAGGGCUGAGAUUUGAUGGGGAGCUUUUCCUCGUGGAACUUGUGCUGCAGCUGUAA